AGUACGCGGGAAAAAAAUGACUCGUGACCGGAGACACGCGCCCUCAGUUAAACUCAUCCGGUAACCGUUUCGAGGCACGUAAGCGCGUGGAAUUUCGAAUUAAUCGAUAGCGUUGUGAUUGUACAUGUUUGUGGUGGGAAAAUAUCGUUUAUAAUGUAAAAUGUGUUAUAAUACUUUCAAUAAAAAUUAUUUUUACAAGUUAUAACGUAUAUAAUCACAAGAAGAACGUAAACAAUGAAUCUGUUGGCGCGGUAUCAAUUGCAUGCCGCGUGCUUUUAGUGUACUUCGUUACGUGUUCGGAGUGGUACUGUGUAAUCAUAGAAAAAAUUUAACGUAAUUCAAUGUUUUUGUUUUUUCUAUUAAAUAAAUCGUAAUUUAGUCGUCCAAUUCGUCGUUAGAAAUGCGAUCAUCAAUGAAUUAGUAGUGAAAUUAACCCUUACGUUUCGACAUUCCUGGAAUUCGUGCAUUUGUAGAGAAACAAAUAAUAUAAGUCUGAAGUCAAAUAAAACUAAGCUAAAAUGCCUGCUGUAAGCAUAUGUGACCCUGUUGCGGCCACACUCUGUCGUUCUUUGGAGACUAACCAGCCUAAAUCAUCGGAUGAUUUAUCUUCAUGCUUGGUUAAUAAUGCAUCUAGAAUUCUUCAAUCAGAAAUUCAAUACAAGGAAGUAGAUGAUUAUCAAACAACAAUUUUGGAUCAACUUAAAGCCAAAUAUAUUGUAUUGAGCUUGCCAAACUCUGAAAAUUUAGAUGGUAAAACAAAAGAUGGAACAAAUUGUAUAAAAAGAAAUGAAAAGACAAGCAAAGGACCCAGUUUGCCAGAACCAAGUGUUGUUUUAUAUCCUCCCAAGAAAGUUAGCCUGGGUUGGAAAGAGACAUUUCCAGUUGGAGCUGGCAUGUAUAAUGUUGGAAAUACUUGUUACUUAAAUAGCACUCUUCAAGCUCUGUUUCAUAUACCAGCGCUUGUUAACUGGUUAUUAUCUGAUUCGCAUCAUACAUCAAAGUGUGAACAAAACGAUGGAGGUGGAGAGUGCCUUACAUGUGCAGUGGCUAAGACCUUACAAUUUAGUCAUCAAAAAUCGGGAUGUGCUAUCAAGCCGUUUUACAUAUAUAACAAAUUAAAACUUAUUUGUCGAACCAUGGUGCCUGGACAGCAAGAAGAUGCGCAUGAAUUUUUACGUUAUUUAUUGGAAGGCAUGGAAAAAGCUUAUUUAGCAAGACAUAAAGCCAGUAAACUAGACAGUUAUUCUAAAGAAACAACACCUAUUAAUCAAAUAUUUGGUGGUUAUAUCCGUACUGAAGUAAAGUGCCUACAGUGUCGGCAUGUUUCCACUACAUUUCAACACUUUCAAGACUUAUUAGUAGACAUUCGUAAAGCAAAUACUCUGGAUGAAGCAUUAACUAGUUAUUUUAGUCGUGAACAACUAGAUAACAAUGACUAUAAAUGUGAAGCUUGUAAAAAAAGAGUUCCUGCUACAAAACAGUUUAGCUUAGAACGACCUCCGAAAGUGCUCUGUGUGCAAUUAAAGAGGUUCAGCGUUCUAGGAGGAAAAAUAUCAAAACAUAUAGGUUUUAAGCAGACUAUAGAUAUGGGCCCUUAUCUUUGGAGAGAACCUGGAGAAGCUGUACAACCACUUACAUAUAAACUUAUGUCAAUAGUUACACAUAUGGGUCCAUCAGUAAAUUGUGGGCAUUACACAGCAGUUGCUAAAGUUUCAACAGGCCAAUAUUAUUCCUUCGACGAUUCUUGUGUUCGUCCGAUUAGUUUGAAUAAUGUGUUGAGUACAAACGCAUACAUAAUGAUCUUUGAAAUGGAACAGCAAACACCAACUCCGGUUCAAACUCAGCAGACUGUCAAAUUAAAUGGUACAAUGACUGUAAACAAUACGUUAUCGUCACCGGGAAGUCCAAAGAAUAAAACUGUAGCUCCUAAACCAUCAACGUCUGGAUUAAUUUCACUAAACGGAUCGCUCAAUGGUACAUCAGUCAAUAAAGACAAUACUGAAAAGUCCGAAACAAGUUUGCAAGCAUCGACGAACAAGAGCGCGGUGCUUCAAUUCACUUCACAGAAGAGCACAAAUUUUAUUGGACCACAGUUACCGCAAAAAUUGCAGGAUAAAUCACAACCGAGAUUAAUUAUGCAUAUUAAAAAUGGAAAAAUCUUAAAUGGGAAUAGCUUAGUUCCUUAUGACGGAUCCAGCGAAGAAGAAGAUGUUAAUUCCAUUGUACCGUUAAAAAAUCAUACAAGUUCAAGUACUGCACCAAAAACGAACACAUCUACUAGUGCCACUAAUGGUACACCAAAAAAUUCUCCGAUUAAAAAUAACUUGCCGAAAACAGUUUUUAGUUCAAAAGAAGUACAGAAAUUUACGUCGAAGGCAAAUGGUGGUAAUAAUGUUUCACAGAAUCAAAGUACUAUAACACAGUGUGCAAAGGCACAAAAUGGUUCCAGUUACAGUACCACUCCAAUAAUGUACCAGAACGGCAAAUUAGAAGCAAAUGGUAAGACAGAAAGUAGUAGCGCUAAUAAAAGUAAAUGGCAUCAGUCUGUUAGAGCGAAAACAGGACAAGACGAGAAAGUAAUUACUAAAGCUGCAAAUAGCAAUAUGAAAGGUUGGCAAGUUUCAAAAGAUACAUUUUCCCCUACGUCGACUGCAGCACCCAAUGGGUGGUCCGUGACUGAUAAAGAAGACGUAAACAAAGUUAAUCAAAACAAUACAACACCCAGUGUUGCAGCGUUAAGAGAUUUUAAUGGAACAAAUCGUUCCGACACAGUUUCGCAUUUAUUAAAGAUGUCUCACCGUGGUUACGGCAGUUCUUCCGUUGUAAAUUGGAAUGGUAACAGGACACAUUUAGACAGAGAGGUUGACAAUGAUAGACGAGAAGAACGUAAGCGGCAUUUCAAUACAGACGAUGAGGAGAUAGAUCGAGGUAGAGUGAAAAAAGUGAAGGAUCAUCGAACGUACGAAGAUAGAAGCAAUACUGGUUAUAAUCCUUUUCAAGAAUAUCAAAAUAGCAAAACAUGGAACCGAGCUUCCGGUGGUGGUUAUUACCGGAAACAUUAUUAUAAUACUUCUAGCUAUACUCGGUCACGGCAUGGUAGAAAUUAUAGGCCUCAACAUUACAGAUACCAUAAUCAUUCUCAUGGCCAUUGGCAACGGGGAUAAAACAGGACAGGUUAAAUUAUUGGAAGAAAUUCUUGAAAGCAAUCUGUUGUCGAAAGACUUCGUUAGUUUUGAAUUGCUAAAGCAAAUGAUAAUUUUUCAAUACAUUUAAAUUAAAGUACGGAUGUUAGUACCGAUUUAGAUGAUUAAUUUUGAAAGUUAUUCAACAUUCAUUGUAAACAAGUCGCUAAACCGCAUCGCGAUAACUUUGCAUGUUCCUGACAGAGUUUGAAUGUACUCUAUCGUUGUCUUGUAGCUCAUAUUAUAUCUAUUGACAAUGUACUACAUAGUACACGGGAGAUGAGUACCAGCAGCUCUGCCAAUUUUGUGUUCAAAGUGAAGCAAGCAAAAUUUGUUAUAAAAUUGUGCUACAAUACGUGUAUUAUUAAUUUAGAUUACGUAUAGUGUAUGUAUGGAUGCAAUGUUUCAAAGUUACGUGAAUAAUCUUUAAAGUUUAAACGAUAUAUCACUUAGGAGUUUAUUAACUCUUAAAUACAUUUUUUAUGGUUUACAUUUUUUAAACGUAAAAUUAUGUUCUUGUUAUUUAUUUUUCA